ACAGUAGAAUGGGUCCAAAUCACGUGGCGGACGCCGUGUCUUUUGUGCCUUUUCACUGGAAUCUGGAUCUUCUAUAUUGGAUUUUCCAUUCAGUUGCCGCUCAAAUGUAGUGCCGUUCAGUCGUACAACCCCCAUAGAAGCAGGAAGGUGAAUUAUUGCAAAGUAUUUAAUUAUAAAGUUUUAUACUUCUCCUAUAAAAUAUUAAAAGCACCUUCCACUUAGUUUUUGCUCAGUUGUGCGUGAUUCAGCAAUGAUUCUGUGGUCAGUGGACUUUUCGUAGUGGAUUAUGGAGACAUUAAUUGCCUUUUAAGCUAUUAAAAAAUCGUUUUUAAUUCAAUUGAUCGUCGCGCUCCAGUGUGAGGCAGUUUUGAUUACAUAAGACAGUCGUUAAGAAUAUACAUUGAGGAGGAAUUCUCUUCCAGAGAUUCUCAAUAUACAAAUGAUUUUAUUGUGUACAAUAAAAGUGAUUUUUUGUGUGAAACUACAAUGAGAAAUUUUAAUGGAUUAAAAAGUCUUUCAUCAUACAAAAAAAUCGUUUAAUUACCUACCCUUGGAAAGGAUAAUUAUGCCAGGAGAUAGUGGCAGCAACUGUGGGGGUGUCGGAACACCAACAACAUCCGCAAAUUCCGGUGUUAAGCUAAACCAGCAGCCACCACGGGAGAAGCAUGCAGUGCAUUGGUUCCGGAAGGGACUCCGUUUACACGACAAUCCUGCACUGCUAAGCGGCAUCAUUGGAGCCACAACCUUUCGGUGUGUCUUUGUAAUUGAUCCCUGGUUCGCAGGAAGUUCAAAUGUGGGCAUCAAUAAAUGGCGAUUCCUCCUACAAUGCCUCGAAGACUUAGAUCGAAGUCUACGGAAGCUCAAUUCACGCUUAUUUGUCAUUCGUGGUCAGCCGGCUGAUGCUCUGCCCAAGCUCUUCAAGGACUGGGGUACCACGUGUCUUACAUUUGAGGAAGAUCCCGAACCAUUUGGGCGUGUGCGUGAUAAGAAUAUUUCGGAAAUGUGCAAAGAGCUCUCCAUUGAGGUCAUCCACAAGGUCUCCCACACGCUGUACAAGCUCGAUAAUUUUUGCAGUAUAAUCGAGAAGAACUGUAGCCGUGCUCCGCUCACGUACCACCAGUUCCAAGCUAUUAUCGCCACAAUUGAUCCCCCAGCUCCGGCUGAACCAGCAGUGACGCAAGAAACCAUUGGGAAAGCCUACACGCCCAUUAAUGAGGAUCACGAUGACAAGUACGGUGUACCCACGUUGGAAGAGUUGGGAUUUGAUAUUGACAUCCUCAAGCCACCAGUGUGGGUGGGUGGUGAGACAGAAGCAUUGGCACGACUGGAGCGGCAUUUAGAACGCAAAGCGUGGGUAGCAUCCUUUGGGCGUCCAAAGAUGACCCCACAGUCUCUCCUGGCAAGUCAAACAGGACUCUCCCCGUAUUUGCGCUUUGGCUGCCUGAGCACACGCUUGUUCUACCAUCAGCUAACAGAUCUCUACAAGAACAUCAAGAGAGCCUAUCCGCCACUCUCACUCCACGGGCAGUUGCUGUGGCGGGAAUUCUUCUACUGUGCCGCCACGAAGAAUCCCAAUUUUGACAAAAUGUCUGGAAAUCCCAUUUGUGUGCAGAUUCCUUGGGAUAGGAAUGCAGAAGCUCUCGCCAAGUGGGCCAAUGGUCAAACGGGGUUCCCCUGGAUCGAUGCAAUUAUGACGCAGCUACGGGAAGAGGGGUGGAUUCAUCACCUGGCACGACAUGCGGUCGCGUGCUUCCUCACGCGAGGAGACUUGUGGAUUUCUUGGGAGGAGGGUAUGAAGGUGUUUGAGGAGUUGCUCCUUGAUGCUGACUGGUCUGUGAAUGCUGGCAUGUGGAUGUGGCUCUCGUGCUCCUCAUUCUUUCAGCAAUUCUUCCAUUGCUACUGCCCCGUACGUUUUGGUCGUAAAGCUGACCCAAAUGGGGACUACAUUCGACGCUAUUUACCAGUACUGAAGAACUUCCCCACCAAGUACAUUCAUGAGCCAUGGAAUGCACCAGAGAGUGUGCAAAGGACAACUAAAUGCAUCAUCGGAAAGGAUUAUCCACUUCCAAUGGUGAAUCAUGCUGUUGCAAGUCGCACCAAUAUGGAACGCAUGAAGCAGGUGUACCAGCAACUGGCAAAAUAUCGUGGAACUGCAGGUGGUGAUGAUGCAAAAGCAAUGUACAGCUUCAGUCCGAAAUCACAGCAAAUUCACGAUGCCACCACGGCGAAUCUUGUGCAGGGUAUGGAAGCUGCGUACUUUAUGCGACCAAAGCAUGUUCUCUCCACAACAUCGCUGCACCAGACAGACAACCAACAUCCAACGCAGGAAACAUACCACAAUCAGUACACCAUGCAGAUGAUUUCGCAACAAGAGACACAGCAGCAGUGCAACUACGACAAAAUCCCCAUGGAGGACAUGGAGGCCUAUGUGCAGCAGGAAGAGUGCGCAAGGCAGCAGAAUCCGCAGUAUACCCGAAUUAUUCUGCACAGAAAUAUCGGCUACAAUGAUCCAAUGAAGCAGCAAACGAAUGAAGUUCUCAGCUAUGGGAAUAACGAUCAAAAUCAUCAGUUUCAGCAGAUCUCACGAUUCCCCGAGAGCUACCAAAAUCUCAGCUAUGGCGAAGAACUCGGUGAGAAGAUGAAGGAAGAAGAGGAUGAGCAGGGUGCCUACCAGACACAGGAUUCCUUCAAGAUGGAUCAAGAUAAGAAUGAAGACAUUUUCCUCGUCAACACAACGGGACAGAAAGUCAAUCAGGAGCUGACUAACAUGCAGGAUAUUCAGGAGGAGAGUGGAGAUAAAUGAGGAGUGUUUUGUGAGCAUAAAAGCAUAAAUUAUACCUAAAUACAUAAUUUUAGAAAAAAAGUAUUCCAAAAAAU